AUGCCGAAAAACAAAACCGAGGCGAAGGCUAAGCUCGCCGCCGCCAAGCGGGAGGCGCAGGAGCGGAAGGCUCGCAAAAAGCUGCUCAAGGGCAGCAAGGAGAAGGACAUCAGCCAGAUUAUCAAACGCUUCCGCUACAGCCACGAAACGGCGGACAAGGGCAAACUGGUCGACUGCGAAGGUGUGCGACCGGGCCCGCGGGCAAGCGCUACGUUCACGCCGAUGCAAAAUGAUAUCGCAAUACUCUUCGGUGGCGAGUUCUAUGACGGAAUCCAAGUGGAGGUUUACAACGACACCUUUUUCUACAAUGCAACCAAGCACGAGUGGAAGAUGUUGCAGACAACGGCCAAGCCACCACCAAGGUGUUCCCACCAGGCCACUGUCUUCAACAACUACCUGUACAUAUUCGGAGGGGAGUACACCACUCUGGACCAGUUCCACCACUUCAACGACAUGCACAGGCUGUGCCUCAAAACUCUAAAAUGGGAACCGGUGGAAGUCAGCGGAAAUAUACCUACGCCACGAAGUGGUCACCGAAUGGUUACCUGGAACGGGCACUGGGUCCUGUUUGGGGGGUUCCACGACACCACCAGAGAGAUAACCUACUACAACGACCUCUACCUCUUCUCUUUCAAAACCUUUGCCUGGAAGCGCGUUUGCCAGCAAAGGUUCUCAGGAGCCAUCCCGGAGCCCAGGGCGGCAUGCCUUAUGCUCGCGCCGAAGAAUUCCAACAAGGUCCUGGUCUUCGGCGGAUUCACCAAGACAAAGGACACAAGCAAGAAUGUAGCGGGGAAGUACCAUCAGGAUUCAUGGCUCAUCAACAUGGAGCUAGCACUCCAGGGCGAUGCACUGGUGUGGGAAAAAAUCAGCACCAAGGGCAAGCCGUCGUACUCCAUUGGUUUCGGGGUGGCAAACCACCAAAAUGUCGGCCUGGUGGUCGGCGGAGUCUCCGACACGGACUCCGGGGGCACCUCGCUGAAGUCAACUUUCUACAACAGCGUGUACACUUUGAACGUCGAUCAGAAGAGGUGGUAUCCGCUCACCACAGGUGACAGUUCGUCGAACACCGAAAAGCCCGAAGCCGAAGCAACACUCGAAGACAAAAUGAGUAGCGUAUCACUAGCAGCUAAUCCGCCGCCAAGGAUGAACCCACACGUCGUGGUGUGCGGAAAUACGCUGUACGUGUACGGAGGCAUCGUCGAACAGGGAUCGGUGGAAGUGACUAUGAGUGACAUGUGGGUGCUAGACCUCGGCAAAAGGGAUGGCUGGAGAUGUAUAGACCCUGGUUUCAACUUCGGUGACGUGUACAAGGGCGAGAUGGACAUGGAGGAGGACUCGUCCUCAGAAGAUGAACCCACCAACUCGGCAGAAGAGGGCGAAGGUGAGGACGACGACGAUGAUGAAGAUGACAGCGAUGACGACGAGAUGCUGACAGAUGAAGACAGCAGUGAUGAGGAGAACGACAACGCAUAG